AUGACAUCUCCUUCAUCAGCAAGCGUACGAAGAAUCAACAAAGAAUUUGCAGAUUUACAGGAAAACCCCAUUCCCAAUUUGCGCUGUUCUUUGGCAAACGAUAAUCUUUACCAGUGGAACUGUACUGUCGCAGGACCUCGUGAUUCUGUGUACGCCGGAGGUACAUUCCAUUUUACUCUAGCAUUUCGUCCUGAUUACCCAUUUCAACCUCCAACUGCUCAGUUUACCACCAGAAUAUAUCAUCCUAAUUUUGACUUAGAAGGAAACAUCUGUUUGCCUAUUCUAAGACCUCAAGCAUUCAAACCUAGUGUGAAGCUAAGGAGUAUUCUCGAACAAGUCAUUCAUCUUUUAGUUGAGCCCAACCCAGACGACCCAUUAAGCCCUUCUAUUGCUGAGCAAUAUAAUAACGAUCGUCCUGCAUUUGAAAAGAUUGCUCGAGACUAUGUACAGCAGUUCGCCAAAUCAUGA